CCAGUGAAACGUGCGUCUCUGGUGCGAUUAACCGAUUAAACCGAUUAAACGUUAGGGGAGAUUAAAAACAUCUCCUCUGCCCGUUAUAGCUAUAUGCAUCGCACACAAAUAUUUCUAUGGUACUCUGUUAGUAAUCGAAAAAAUGACUACGUUAUUCGAAGUUAACACAAAGCUUACAGAAUGUUUACAUGAUUUUGGGUUAGAAUGCCACCCAUUCAAGGUUGGAUGGUACAAUGAACGAGUGAAAUCUGGCUUUCAAUUAGAACACCAUGAAGACACACUUUGUUUUGUGGUGAUAAGUAGUCCUUCAUUUUUCGAAAAAGGCUUUAUACCAUUUGUUCGUAACAGUACUGAAAGCAAUCAUCUGGAUUACCUUGAUCAAGCCAUAAGCUCUUGUCUUAAAACAGCAAUUCAGUCAAUUCCAGGCUAUGAUAUUAGUAUCCUCCAUGAUUAUGAGAUGAGACCAGGAACAAGAAGGCCAAAAGUACUUGUUCAAACAGCAGGUCAUGUCUCAGGGGCUGUUUAUUUUUAUCAGAAAACAGAUGUGAUCAAUCCUCCCUGGCUAACUGACCAGCCAAUUUAUGGUGUUUGCCUACAUCCCAGCUAUAUAGGAUGGUUUGCCUUAAGAGCAGUUAUCAUAUUCCAGAAGGUCUUGGUCCCUGAUUUAGUCUAUAAACCACCGAAAGAUAUUCUUGUGGAUGAAACCAAGAAAAUUGAACUACUGAAUCGCUACAAUAAUAGUUGGCAGGAUUGGAGCUUUCGGGACAUUAUGGAACCAACCGAACGCUAUUCGGAGUUACAGCAGAAGUAUUUAAGCACACGACCUUCUGAACGAAGUCAUUUGAUUGAGUUAAUUAAAAGAAAUUAAAAUGAGGGCUAUUCUAGAUAAUAUAUACCUGAAUAAACACACAUUUUCCCUG